CUAAAAAAUUGAUCUUUGACUGUUAAUAAGCUAACAAAUCCAACCCCACCAUGUUGAAGAAGCUGAGAAGAAAUUUCAAAAGAUUCAAAACCUUAAUCAACAAGAGCUUCAGCAGCUAUAAAUUCCCAUUUCAAUCUCCUCCUCUUUCACCGCCUCCGCCGCCGGCCAUGUCGUCGCCAUUCGAGCCUUUACGGCAGUCGCCGCGGCCCGCCGCGCCGGUUCCGUUUCCCCAAACCCAAUCCACCGUUCUCCCUGAUCCUUCCGAUUUCUUCUCCCCUCACCUCCUCUCCUCCCCUCUCCCCACAAAUUCCUUCUUCCAAAACUUCACCGUCAAAAAUGGCGAUCAGCCGGAAUACAUCCACCCCUAUCUGAUCAAAUCCGCCCUCUCCUCCAUCGCUAUUUCGUACCCUUCAAUCGUCUGCAACUCCGCUGUCGGAUUCCAGGUUUUCAACGCCGAUUUGACCGUCUCCGCCGCUGGAAAUUCCGGUUCGUUUUCACAGAAAUCGCAUAUAAUCUCUGAAUUCAGUGAUCUCAGUGUCACUCUCGACAUUCCCUCCGCUAAUCUCCGAUCAUUCCUCGUCCGGGGAAGCCCAUUUCUGACCUUCGAGGUUUUCAACAAUACCCCAAUUUCAAUCUCCACCAUUCACGCGAUUCUCUCGUUUUCUUCCAAUAGUUCGUUCACUAAAUUCACUGUCACGCUCAAUAAUAAUCAGACAUGGCUGAUUUACUCCUCGUCUCCGAUCAAUUUUACCCACGAUCUCUCGAAGAUAACUUCCGGUGGAUUUUCCGGCAUCAUCCGAAUCGCAGCGGUGCCGGACCCACAUUGUGAAUCGAUACUCGACCGGUUCAGUUCUUGCUACCCGGUUUCCGGUGAGGCGAAGUUUGGAAACCCUUUUUGUUUGGAGUACAAAUGGGAGAAGAGAGGGUGGGGCGAUUUGCUCAUGCUCGCUCACCCUCUUCAUCUCCGCCUCCUCUCCGGCGGCGGCGCCGUUCUCGAUGACUUAAAGUACAAAAGCAUCGACGGCGACCUCGUCGGCAUCGUCGGAAGCUCGUGGGUCUUGCAAUCGGACCCUGUUUCUGUAACUUGGCACUCAAUCAAUGGCGUGGGAGCGGAAUUUCACAGCGAAAUCAUCUCCGCGCUCGUGAAAGAUGUGGAGGGCUUAAACUCUGCACCCAUAACAACAACAUCGUCUUACUUUUAUGGGAAAUCGAUUGCUAGAGCCGCGAGGCUCGCAUUGAUUGCUGAGGAAGUGAAUUUUCUGCAGGUGAUUCCAGAGGUGAGGAAGUUUCUGAAGGGGGCGAUUGAGCCAUGGCUUCGUGGGACUUUCAAUGGAAAUGGGUUUCUUUACGAUGGGAAAUGGGGUGGGUUUGUGACCCAACAAGGGUCCUCUGAUUCUGGUGCAGAUUUUGGAUUUGGAGUGUAUAAUGACCACCAUUUCCAUAUUGGGUACUUUCUCUAUGCCAUUGCUGUGCUGGUGAAGAUUGACCCAGCUUGGGGAAGAAAGUUCAGGCCUCAAGCUUACUCUUUAAUGGCGGAUUUCAUGAACUUGAGUAGGAGACCAAACUCAAGCUUCCCACGCCUGAGAUGCUUCGAUUUGUAUAAACUGCACUCCUGGGCUUCGGGUUUAACCGAAUUCGCCGACGGUCGGAAUCAGGAGAGCACCAGUGAGGCUGUGAAUGCUUAUUACUCAGCAGCUCUGUUGGGGCUGGCUUAUGGAGACACCCAUCUUGCUUCCAUUGGAUCAACACUCACAGCAAUGGAGAUCAAGGCAGCUCAAACAUGGUGGCAAAUCAGGGAAGGGGACAAUCUGUACGAGGUUGAUUUUGAAAGAGAAAACAAGGUGGUUGGUGUGUUGUGGUCCAACAAAAGGGACAGUGGCUUGUGGUUUGCUCCUCCUGAUUGGAGGGAAUGUAGGCUUGGGAUUCAGGUUCUGCCUUUAUUGCCCAUCACUGAGGUCUUGUUCUCUGAUGUUGGGUUUGCAAGGGAGCUUGUGGAGUGGACAUUGCCUUCUUUGGGAAGGGAAGGAGUUGGGGAAGGAUGGAAGGGAUUUGCAUACGCCUUGCAGGGCGUUUACGAUAAAGACGGGGCGUUGGGGAAGAUCAGAAACUUGGGAGGUUUCGACGACGGGAACUCGCUCUCGAAUCUGUUAUGGUGGAUUCACAGUAGAGGAGGAGGAGAAGGGUCUGGUGGUGGAUGGAGACAUUGGUGGCUUAGCCAUUAAUUACUUGGGAGUUGAAUAAGAACUGAACAGGGAUAUCAGGAAACAUCUUCUCGAUUUCGAACCAAAUGGAACCGAUCCAAAUCCGUUUGAAUAAACUGAAAGUGAAACAGUGUACAGGGUUGUUUCAUUCACUCUACACAUCUGAUACAAUACACUGAAGAAGCUGCUGGUUUUUGUGCUCUGGUUUUCAGGUUCAUUUGGAGCUGAACAAGAACUGUACCAUUGUUGUAUUGGAAUUUGAAGAUGGCAGCCAGAGGAAAUCAAGUGCAGUUUGUUUGUUUCAAGUGAAUUUGUUGUGUGUUUCAUCUUGAUUUCUACACUCUUCCCUUUGAUUUGAUUUGAUUUUUUCUUGAAACAUGUUCGAUAAAACAAAAAGUUGUGUUCUUCACUGAUUCCCAUUCUUAUUGAAUGAUUUGAUAUAGAAUUCUUUAUCUCUGUUACUGUUCA